GUUUAUUGUUAAAUAAACAACGCUUUUAGUCUCACGAGCACCCCUACUCCCUUCUCGAACGUAAAUCCAACCCUGUAUACUCAAUUCUCACAAAUACCCGCGCAAUCGCCACCCUUCCUGAACAAGCCUUAAGCAUGCCUUUCGACGUACAGGUAACUUCAUAUCUCCGCAACAUUAUAGACAAGGCCUGUGAGGACCAGAAGUCCGGUAUCCCCGGGGUUACUGUCGUGGUCAUUGAUAAAGAUGGCAGCGAACUUCUCGCUCACUCCGCUGGUAAGCGAGGAACAGGAUCUAACGAUCCUAUGGCUUUAGACAAUGUUUUCUGGAUUGCAUCCUGCACGAAAAUGCUAGUUGGUGUCGCCUGCAUGAAAUUGAUUGAACAGGGGAUUCUUCAACUGGAUGAUGGGUUGCAGACAGAGAGUCUUUGUCCCGAAUUGAAGAGUCUCAAGAUUUUGCGACCAGAUGGCACCUUUGAGGAUAAGAAACGUACAAUUACCCUGCGGAUGCUGUUGACUCAUACUUCCGGAUUUGGCUACACGUUCUUUAAUGACAGAUUGAGACAGUGGUCGUAUCCGGUUGGCGUGGAUGAGUUUUCUGGACGAAUAGAAGAUAUGAAGCUGCCUCUUCUUUUCCAACCUGGCGAAGGUUGGGAAUAUGGUGUGGGUAUCGAUUGGGCCGGGGUUGCGCUGGAGCGUGCAACUGGCAUGACGCUGAAUGCCUAUCUCCAGAAACAUGUCUUUUUGCCCCUUGGAAUCAAGGAUAUGUCCAUGAUUCCGAACCACGAUAUGCGCCGGAGGCUGGCGUAUAUGAACAGUAGAAACCCAGACGGCACUUUGCGGGCCCGGGACCAUCUUCUUCGGGCGCCUCUUGUUGUUGACCUAGACAACCAGGCCGAAAUCGCCAGGGUUUUCAACAGCGGCGGCGCAGGCAUGUUUGCAAGGCCGCAAGAGUACUGCAAGGUUCUAGCUGUGUUAUUAAACGAUGGAACGUGCCCGAGAACGGGUAUCAAGUUGCUUCGCAAGGAAACCGUCGACAAUAUGUUUUCCAACCAAGUUCCCCAGUUCCCCAACUACAGCCGCCAGGGCAUCCCAGCUGCAAAGCCGGACCUCACCAACCCUAUUCCGGAGUUGUAUCCGGUUCCUGGUGAUCCACAACAGGGUUGGGGACUGACAUUUAUGCUGAGUAACGGCGGCGCCACAGGGCGGUCCAAUGGCACUGUGCACUGGGCCGGGCUGCCGAAUUUGUGGUGGUGGGCAGACCGGGAGAAGGGCGUUGCCGGCAUUAUUUGUACGCAGAUCUUGCCCUUCGCGGACCCCAAAGUGCUUGGUCUAUGGGGGGCAAUUGAGGCCGAGAUAUAUAAAGCGCUAGGUCAAUGAGGUUAGAUGUGCUGGAAUUUAUCUAAGUACCUAAGUAGUCACAUAUCUGUGCUUUCUUUUUCAAAGC